AUGGCAGAACUAGAAAUCAUCGACGCAGAAAUUGUCUCCCGCCACUCCACAUCCACCUCCUCAUUUCACCCGCUCGCUAACAAGCACAAUGAUGACCCUUCAACAAUCCCAUCUUUCUUCCCAAUAUACACCAACGCCGAACGACAAGCCGCACGACAACUCCUCUCCCCCUCUGACCAUGAAGUAGUCCUCGGUGCAGGAUGGGCCGAUUCCGACCCAUCCUCUUCCGAUGAAGACUCACCUCAUCGCCGCCCAUCAUCCGCAUCCUCGACUUCCUCCCUCUCACAUCCAUCUACACCACUUCUGUCUCCCUCAACUCCCUCCAACGACGCUUUCUUGGUCCGAUCAUGCAGUCAAGGCUGGUCCCUAUCCUUCGAGCUCCAUUCCUCCCAACCUAUCCCCGUCCCUUCGCACCCCGAUGAAGUUUUGAUUGGAAACGAUGCAGUUGGAUUAAAUCCAGUGGAUUGGAAGUCUGUUUCGUAUAACUUUGGGAUCCCCGCUUUCCCCUGGAUUCUCGGACGUGAUAUCGCAGGGACUGUAGUCCAAGUUCCGGAGAACAACGAGAAAGGGUGGAAAGUGGGUGACAGAGUCUGGACCUGCGCUGAUUCGCGCCAACUUAGUGCAGGAGGAUAUCAAAGAUAUUCGGUCCAUAAACAGGGAACCCUUGCGAAGGUGCCGGAAGGGAUGGAGGAUGAAGACGCUGCUACGUUGGGCACUGGACUUGUUACUGCUGCGGUUGCUCUAUUUGCGUUCUUCAAACUUCCCCCUUUUAACAUCCAAGACCUGACGGAGAAGGUACAAAAUUUGAAGAUCACCGAAGAAGAAGGGAAACAUUGGAUUGUUAUCUACGGCGGAGCAGCAAUCACGGGUAUCUACGCUACCCAACUCUCCUCACUUUCCAACCUGAACAUCAUAGCCGUCGCCUCCCCUGCCAACUUUUUCUACCUCCAAUCCCUAGGUGUGACUGUUUGCAUCGACCGCCAUCAACCCACAUCCAACAUCCUCUCUUCCAUCUCAACUACCCUUUCCACUCACGGUGCACAGGGAAAACUUAGAUACGCUAUGGACUGCGUUUCCUCUUCCACCGCCAACCUCUGCUUGCAGGCCCUGCAAUCAAACUCUGGCGGACAGCAAGCCGAAAUGAUCUGUUUAGCUGGUAAUCCAAAGCCCGAAGCGAUAGCGCAAGUCAACAAGGGGGGGGAGGAAAAGGUGAAGAUCCAUAGGAUUUCAUUCAGUACAACAUUCUACCAUCCCAACGGCACGUUCACGCACGCUGUGUUGGAGUAUCUGACAAAGUUACUGGAAAGGGGAGAGUUGAAGCCGGCUAGACCUGAAGUGCUAGCGGACGGUUUAGCAGGGAUUAGAAACGGAUUGGAGCUGUUGAGAGAAGGAAAGGCUCCAAGGGCGAAAAAGUUGGUGGUGAGGGUGAGAGAUACGCCUGCAGCUGAUGUGACAUUGUGCGGGGUGAAGAGUGACUUAGGUUGGAAUGGCGUCGUGUAA